AGCGCAUCACAGGGAGACCUGCGCCUAUAAGAAGCGUGUGUUUCUCUCCCCCACAUUAAAACGCAAGCGAGCGCCAACACAACACCAGUGUCUUUCGUUCUUUACCUUCAUCGACACCCCUCGACCGUCCCAGCAUGCCUUCCAACCAAAAUUUACAAGGCGGGAAAGCCUUCGGGUUACUCAAAGAACAGCAGAGGGAGAAGUUGGAUGAAAUCAAUAAGGAGUUUAUGGAAGAUCAGAAGUACCGGGAUGAAGAGGAUUUGCAAGAGAAGCUGGAUUCUUUUAAAAAUAAAUAUGCUGAGUUUGACCUGAACGAUCAGGGGGAUAUCGACAUGAUGGGCUUGAAGCGAAUGAUGGAGAAGUUGGGUGUGCCAAAGACUCACCUGGAGAUGAAGAAGAUGAUCUCCGAGGUCACAGGAGGUGUCAGCGACACCAUCAACUACAGGGACUUUGUGAAAAUGAUGCUUGGCAAGCGGUCAGCUGUUCUUAAACUGGUUAUGAUGUUUGAAGACAAAGCUAACGAGACCAGCUGUAAACCCGAUGGACCCCCACCCAAGCGUGACAUCACCAGCCUGCCAUAGACCAGUGGAGAUGGAUUUGAUUGCCAUCCCUUCAUCGCAAAUCCUGCCCAUUUAACAUUAGGGGCUAGGUUUCUAUAGCCUUACCUAGAAUCUUUUUGCCAAGGUCCAGGGAAAAUCUUAGUUCAUAGACAAAAUAAGAGAGGAAAAAAGUGAGAGAUGUCUAUAUAUAUUUGCUGUGAGGAAGGCGAAGUGCAAAGUGGCUUUUUAUAAGUAAACAAAUGUAUAUAUUUAUAUGAAAAAGGUGUUUUUGAAUAGUGUUUACAAGCACCAAUCUUGUAGGUGAAGUUUAGUGUGUAGUCUAGCAAGGCAGAUUUUAAGAAUUCAGAUUGAGAAUCAAGAUUUUUCGUCUUCCCCAUAAUGUGUGAUUCAAUUUUUUAUUUUAUUUUAAGAUGUUCAUGUUUGCCAGUUAAGUCAUAUUCGCUUGAUGCGUUCUUCUUUUAGCUUUUGUUAGCUUUUGCUAACAGCGUGUCCUAAAGUGUGACAUUGUAGAUGUGCGUGAGCCUCUUUUAGGAUUCAUUCAGUGCUCAGCCAUGAAAAAGCUUUUCAUUUAGCUUGUUCUGCUUUUAAAUGCAGGAUUUCCUUUCUAACAUUUCUGUUCAGGAAGGCGCAGGGAGUUGAGAAAACUGCGAUUUGAGUGAGGGAGAAGGCAAAAAGGGACUACCGUUCAUUCCUUAAACUUUUUGCUCAUUCUGUCUAUCCCUCUUUACUUUCCACAGUCUUCAGUCUCUUUUUUUAACCAGUUUCUAUGUGUCCACGUGACUGUAAUAAUCUGUAACAUUACUGUACUGUAUAAGCACACUGUUAAGUGCACAUUGUGCAGAUAUGCUUUUAUAAAUUCUCCUGCUUAAAUCGGGUAUGAUGUUGAAGGUAAGAUUUUUAGAUCCACAGCAGGAUUUAUUUAGUCACUACUAAAUAAACCUCAGCAUAUUAGUUUGAACCCCCUCUUUCCAAGUGCCUCACGCAGUUUGAUGUAACAGAGGUUGAGUGAAGAUUGGGUGAAGCAAAAAAACUGAUUUUUGUAUGUGUGCUUGGAAUUUAUAUUCUGUUGAGUAGCAUUUUGAGACAUUCCAAGAAUGUCGUUGUGUGAUGGAGUCCUUGGAAAUGUUGUCAGUGUUAACCCAAGCAGACUUCCGCGUUGUGCAGCUCUGAUGCAAAUAUUCCAGUAUUCCAGUAGUGCUUUUGUCCUCCUAUUUAAUUUUCCACUGGCUUCAUCAGGUUUCCUCUCUAUAAGAUGUGCUAUGUAAGGAAAACUACAUUUUGCCAUGUCAGCAGUAGCAGGUGUGGCUUUCCGACUUCAACUUCAAAUAAAGCAACUUCUAUUUGUUUCUGUCAUA